AUGCAAGUUGUAUCUCCAGUACCGAAGGUGGUUACUGGUGUCGAAGGAUCUUCAUGUACCGCGACAAAUAAGUUGCAUUGUCCAUAUGGGAUCGCAGUUGAUAGUAUUGGUAGUCUGUAUGUUGCCGACAGUCAAAACUAUCGAGUGAUGCGUUAUGCUCCCAAUAUCACGUCGGGGGUUAGGAUUGCCGAUGCUGGAAACAACCAAAUUGUACGAUGGAAUGUUGGUGACCAAUCGGGUGUUAACAUUGCUGGAGCUGUGAAUGGAGAGUCUACUAGUGGUGCAAGUAUGUUGAAUUAUCCGUUUAGUAUGGGUCUGAAUGCUGAAGAGACAUUUCUGUAUGUCGUUGAUAACGCAAAUCAACGUAUUAUAAGAUUUCAACUUAUUUAA